GAUGAUGAAGAAGAAAGCAAGUUGUCUUACACAGAAAUUUAUCAGGAGUACCAAGCUCUGGUUGAAAAAUUAUUAGAAGACUAUCUUAAAGAAGUUGGAAUUAAUGAAGAGAAAUUUCAGCAAGCUUUCUCAUCUCCUCUUGCAAAGACACACACUUCGCAGGCCAUUUUGCAAACAGUGUUGGCAGCAGAAGAUUUUAGACUAUUUAAAAAAAUGAUGGUACAGAAAAAUAUUGAAAUGCAAUUGCAAGCUAUUAGAAUCAUUAAAGAAAGAAAUGGUGUGUUGCCCGACUGUUUGACAGAGGGUUCUGAUGUAUUCAGUGAAAUUGAACAAGAAGAAAUGAAAAUACUGAGGGAGGUUCUAAGAAAAUCUAAGGAAGAAUAUGAAAUGGAGCAAGAAAGAAAGAGGACCGAAGUAGCACGUGAUAAUAAACUUCAAUCACCAGAUGUUACCUACAGUUUUCCAGGAGAUUCGAGAGAAGCUGUAAAAGUUACAGAAUCCACUGAGGGAGCUGAUGAUUCUGAAGAAACUCCAAAACUUCCAUCAGAGGAAUCUCGGAAAUCUGCAAGGGAAGACUUAAAACCAGUACGACCAUUACAGAAAGGCCCAGAAAGCUUACCUCAGCCAUCUUGUACCAAAGGGAAAGGUGACAAGAAACAGUCAGCUGGAAAACGUUCAGAAAACACAGCGCAAAAAGCUGGGAUGAAAGGACCUCAUUUAUCAGAACUUGAAGAACAGCAGCUGAAGCAACGAGAGGACUACCUGAAGAAAAAACGAGAUAUGCUGAUGGCUACAAAGAAGGAGUCCAGGAAUAACGUCCUGUUACCAACGACCACGGACCAGAAAGAAGAGGAAUCGUCUCCUACAGAGGAAAUGUCAGAAGAGAAGCAAAGAUUACUCCAGAAGAGGAAGAUGCUUGCAGAAAAACUAAAAGAAGAAGUUAUUAAUAAGCGGUAA